AAAAACAUUGCCACACACACCAGAAAAGGAAAAAAAAUCGGGAAAGAAGUGAUUCCAAGUUUCCCAAUAAAUAGUGGGAGUUGGCGGGAAAUAACUCUCGGACCUCUUGUUUGCUCUAAUGUCAAAGGUUUCAGAAAUAACGUCACUCUUGGUGUCACUAGCAUCUCAACUGAACUCCAUUAAUUCUGCAACUGGAAAUGAAUCUACGAAUGUGGACCUCACUAUCGUAAAUCUCAACCGUUCGCUUAACCUCUCCGGAACAAUUCCUAGAAUUAGGGUUUUGGACACUUCCCUUUUUGUUAUGUGCUUCACGUCGUCCCAGUUCAUCAUAUAUCAUCACAAAAUAUUGAAAGCAAAAGAAGGAGAUAGUUAUGAGUCUUUUUUUGCUUUUUCACUUUUGAAUAUUUAAUUUGAGAUAUUUCUGCAUAUUUUGUUGUAUUCUGUAGGUCUUUAAUUGUACAAUUGAGUACUUGGUGAACGCAAUUGCUGCAAUUCUAUCUUCAUCGAUUGAAUGUAAGGUUGUCAAAACUUCUGAAGGGGGGUUCUUCAAAUUGGUGGAUUGAUUUUGGGUCAGGGUUGUACCCGAAUAGUCGAAUGUUGUGCUGAUUUUUUGCAGAAACUUAAAAGUUUUCAACGUAAUUGUCUCAUUCAACUAUAUAUAUUUUAGGUGUCUGGUGAUAUUUUCUAUUUAAAAGUUGUUAAAUUUGUGUUGAGAGGAUGCUAAAUGAAUAAAUUUCAUGUAUACCUCUAGAUGCAGCUGUUAUGAACCAAUUGUUCCAUAUUGGAAAAAUAGAGAAAUGUUAUGGGAUUAUAAACCAAAUGGGUUCUCCCACCUAUUAGACUAGUCUUUUGGGUUGGGCUCUUCCGUUUGGUUUAUAACAUAGGUGCUUUCAUUAAGAGUCCUACGCAUUGGGUCGUGACUCGAAGUGGUGGCCUGCGCGCUAGGAGUGGUGGCCUGGACCCAAGAGGGGUGCCAGCCGUGACCAACUAGGCGUAGCCGUGACCAACGAGAUCGAUCCAUGUGUGGGGAGCUGCACGUUGGGCCGUGACUCGUAGUGGUGGCCUGUGUGCCAGUAGUGGUGGCCUGGACCCAAGAGGGGUGCCAGUCGUGACCAAUUGGACAUAGCCGUGACCAACGAGGAUCGAUCUACCCGUGGAGCCAUGACUCGGAGUGGUGGCCUGUGCGCCAUGAGUGGUGGCCUGGACCCAAGAGGGGUGCCAACCGUGACCAACUGGGCUCAGCAAUGACCAACGAGGUCAUUGGUUCUCAAGCGGAGGUGAUUGUUAUGAACCAAUUAUUCCACAUUGGAAAAAAAGAGAAAUGCUAAGGGGAUUAUAAGCCAAAUGGGUUCUCCCACCUAUUAGACUACUCUUUUGGGUUGGGCUCUUCCGUUUGAUUUAUAACAGCAGCGGUGAGUGAACAUGUUACUAGGAGACUAGGUUGAUCUACGAUUACAUGGACGGAAAUGGUCUCCAACUUAGCAAAAAUAGGACAUAAUGGAAGAAAAAGAUGUACAUAGGUGAUACUAAUUAUUUUAAUCAACGUUUGGUCAUGUUAGUAUGCUUACUUAGGUCCUAUAUUCUGUGGGAGUCUUUUUUUUUCAUGCCAGAGAUUUGUUUUUCAGAUCAACAUUGAAAUACAAAAAGAUGCUAAAGAGUUUGUAGAAUUUACAUAUCUGCUUUGCCGUUGAUUGUAGACUUUGUUAAUUAUAAUUGAAGCUUAUUUAUUGAAAUGUUUGGCAUGUUUUAUUUUAUUCCUGCUAAUCUUUCUCCAAUCAUUUUGUAUGCUGUUGUGAGGGUGGCAGUACUAGCAUCACGAGUUCACUAUUUAUUUAAAUUGCCUCCUAUGCUUGACCUAAGAUCCGUUGAUGGAAGACACUGCGCUUUGCUUAAACAAUUACAUUGUCAAAAGGAAUUUUACAUUGAAAAUGGAAAAAUACCGCUAAGGUUGGUUAAAGAAGAUUUAAUAUCAUUCAUGGAUUUGUUAUUGCUGGAUUCUCUAUUGUUGAACCUACUAGCGGGUUGGUAUACCUACUUCUAUUCCUAAUAUCCGAGCUUUUUUUUUAAUAACCUUGGUUUCCGAGCCAGCUUGCAUGCAUAUCGACUAAUUUCGCGGGAUACCUGCCACCUCCCACUAGCAAUAGGUAUCCAGUAACUCUAUCUACCAAGGCUAGAACGGUUGGGAAGAAAUCACCUUGUGUUUGUCUCUGUUGGGAAUUGAACCUGCAACCUCACGGUGCUCUACCCAACUUCAUUGAACCACUAGGCCACACCCUUGGGUGCAAUAUCGGAGAAAAUUUUAAAAUUCUCUGUCAUUUAAUUAUGGUGACUUUUCUUAAAGUUCUGGUUUAACAUGCUUAAUGUUGCAUCAUGUCUCUUAGGGGUCACUUGAGACAAAAGACAGCUUGAACUGAAGUUAGAAAAAGAACAGUACUCUGGAGUCUGGAUUGUUCUUUUUUUGUUUCCAGGACUGAUAUACAUAUCUAUUUUAUAUAUUACAAAAAUGAUAGUGUUAAUUUCCUGUCUUAGUAAAUGGGAAAUGCAAAAAUGCUGGUUUUGUCCUUCAUGAUAAAAAUAUGCUACUAAGAUACAUUGCAGAAACUAUUGUGUUAAUUACAUGAAUUUUUUAAUCUCGUCAACCUGCGCACCCCAUUCAUAUGAGUUGCUUCUUAAUUUGAGUUGGUGUAACCUAUCAAAUGAUAUACUUUCCCAUAAUAACUUCCUUUGCUCUGCAGGUUGCCCUCAUGGCAACUGGAUCACAUGCUUAUGAAGUACGAUGUAUCUCAAAUUUUGUAAGAGAUCAUUAAGAGACCUUUCCUUUGUUUGGAAAUGGAGUUUCAUGAUUGGAAAGAAUGGCGUUCAAUUGUUAUAUGUUUGGUACUUUCUCCUGUCAUGUUUGCUGAGACUAGGUCCCUGCUUCAUAACUGGUUUCUACUAACUAAGGCUACUGUACUGAUAACUCCAAUUUCUCUAUUGAAGGAUAACCUUAUGUCUCUCUGUGAUGCUAAUAUGCUGCGUGAAAACUCCAAUGAAGAAUUCUCCUGUUGUAAGGUCUUUUGGGUUCCUCGUAUUGUUUCACUGCUAUUUUGCAAGGGUUUGGCUUCAAUUCUAGAGCUUCAGGUUAAGUUGGUCUCCCUGUUGCUAGAUAUUCUUUCCAGACCAAUGUGUUGGGGCAUAACAAUGGAUCUUGGAUCAAAACUUCCAUUUUCACAUUCUUACUUUCUAUGCAAGAAGAAGAUUUUGAGGGUUUUGACUAGACCUUUAUCCUUGGAAUCUUUGGAGUUUCUAGUUCAUGAAUUUUGCAAGCCAGUUGAUGCAUUUUCAAAGAAAGAUGUAAAUGUUGCCAAAGUAAAUCAGAGUUCUAUAUGGUAUGUUUUUGUUUCAUGGCGUUUCACACAAUUAGGCAGCAACAAUAGCAUUCCCUUCUUGGUUCAUUUUCGCCUCUAUUUUGCUCUUCUCAUAAAAGAAAGCACAUGCAUUUUCUCCUUUUAUUCCUUGAUCACCAAAUUUUCCAAUUUAUGGACCAUUAAGAAGUUUGGCUCUGAUGUGGGUAAUCAAACCACUCUUUGUCGUAACAAGGAAGUCCGGGGAUUUCUGUCCUUUAAGAAGGAAAUGGUCAAUACCCUGGAUUCCAAUUGCCAAUCACUUGCUUUCUGGCUUAAAGAAUUUCAGGACAUGUACAUUGGACACUCAAGCAAAUUAAGUGAAAGCUUUGCUCCAGAUGAAGAACAAGCACCAAGUGUCAGUUUCCAGAAGAACACGCUGUUUAGGAGGAUAACAAUAGGCAUCUUGUUCGCAAGCUUGAAUCAUAUAAGUGAUACUGAAUGUGAACUGCUUUUACAUUAUGGUGCAACUGGUACUUUCGUGCAUUUCACUGGAGGACAACUUGGAACACAGAAUAGGAAUUCUAACCAUGAAAGGCAAAAAGGCUUGAUAGCAUGGGCUGAGACAUAUACGGGAAAAGAAGCUACAGCAGGAGCACGUAUUGUCUUUGACAUAACUAAUGUAGCUGAAAGUAUAUCUGUUUCUAUGUUUGAAACUGAGGAAUGUGGAUUCAAUUUUGUGUGUGACGUGAAACUAAAGGUUGGGAGAUAUCUAGUCAAGUGUGUGAAAAGGUUACUCCAACUCACACUGGAGAAGAACAACAUAAAACUGAACGUGAAGGAUCUCUAUGACAGAAUGCUCCGGUGGAAACACCAAGGGCGUGAUAUUUUUCAAAAUCAUAAGGAAUUUGAUGAAAUAAUAGAUGCAUGUGCUUCAGCAGCCUUUUGAAGGACCCAUACAACAUCAAUCGAAUAUGGCAACCUGAAAAGGCAUGGGCCUUAAGAAAUUGUUUUGAUGGCAAAGUAUUAUCCUCAAGUAAGUAAUCUUUAUGUUUUGAAGUUAUGUUGAUACUCCUACAUUGUAUAUAGGUCUUCUAUGCUGAUGUCCAAUUUUUAGUGAUAUAGUGCAAGUUUGCUGCCCAUGCAUUUCUCAUA